AGUCCACACUUUCCUCACAAUUUCACAUGAACAAUGUUAAGAACAACAGCGGCUACUCUCUCUCACCUCACCACCUCACUCUCUCUCCAAAACCCUAACAUCUUCAGACACUUCCCUUCUCUCUCGCCUCACAAAACCCUCCGUCUUCUAUCCCCAAACCCUAGACUCGUCACCACCAGAACCCUCUCUUCUCUCUCCUCCACAGUGCCCCAAACGUCACACACUACGACCUCCAAUGUCGACCUCGAUUCCUAUUACCUAUCUUGUUCGAUGCCCAAUAAGCGCCUCAGAGUCGCUGUUCUUCUCAGUGGUGGUGUCGAUAGCAGCGUCGCUCUUCGCCUCCUCCACGCCGCCGGCCAUUGCUGCACCGCAUUCUAUCUCAAAAUCUGGUUCCAAGACGACUUUGAAAACUUUUGGUCUGAAUGUCCAUGGGAAGAUGAUUUGAAGUUUGCAAGAGCUGUCUGUGAUCAGGUCAAUGUACCACUGGCAGUUGUGCAUUUGACAGAUGAAUAUUGGAAAAAUGUGGUGUCAUACAUUAUUGAGGAGUAUCGAUGUGGUCGUACUCCUAACCCAGAUGUCCUUUGCAAUACAAGAAUAAAGUUUGGUGCAUUCAUGAAUUCAAUCAGUGAGAUGGAAUUCGACUAUGUUGCUUCGGGACACUACGCAAAUGUUAUUCACUCGUGUACAGAUAAAAUAGGCAGGCCUUCUGUUCUGGAACUAUCAAAAGACAUGGUCAAGGAUCAAACCUACUUUCUUUCACAUCUCUCACAGGCCCAGCUUAAACGUCUUAUUUUCCCUCUUGGAUGUAUACCAAAGCAUGAAGUCCGAAAACUUGCCAAAAAGUUUGGAUUACCGAACAAGGAUAGGAAGGAUUCACAAGGAAUAUGCUUCCUUGGGAAGAUAAAGUUUAGUGAAUUUGUUGAAAGGCACAUUGGGGAGAUGGAAGGUGUUAUAUUGGAAGCUGAGACAGGAGAUUUUCUUGGUACACACCGAGGCUUUUGGUUCUACACAAUUGGUCAACGGCAAGGUCUACGACUUCCUGGAGGCCCCUGGUAUGUUGUUGAGAAGGAUGUUAAGAACAAUGUCGUCUUUGUUUCCAGAAACUAUUUCUCAUUUGACAAAAGAAGGCGCUUAUUCCGCGUUGGAUCUCUGAAAUGGCUUAGUGGUUCACCUUCGAGCCAGAUCAGUGAACUCCAGUGCAAGGUUCGACAUGGCCCUGGUUUUUACAAUUGCAGUUUGACAAUGGAAGCUGGUGAAGAUGGUGAUGAGGUUGCAGUUGUCCACAUAUCUGAAGAUGAUCAGGGCCUGGCGGCUGGGCAAUUUGCAGCUUUCUACCAGGAAAGAACCUGCAUUGGCUCUGGCAUAAUCUUGGAGUCCUGGGAUGAUCAGGGUUUUCCAGUUUGUUCCAAGGCUCUUCAAAUAGCACGAUUGGAAGAUAAAUCGAAGCUUGGCAAACCAGUUAAGAUAAAGGUUAAACCGGAGUCUAGUCUGAAGGAAUCCGAGCAUAAUGAUGGCAAUGACCUUAAUAUAAAAUUGGUUAAUUCUCAAAUUACUGGUCCUGAAGAAGAAUCAGCAUCUCAACAAGAACAAGGCUCUAGAUCUCCACUAAAUUGGCUUCAACAGCUGAGAAAAAAGUGGUUUCCAGCUUUUUAAUGCUCAUAUAGUCUGAGUAUCAGAAUCCACAAGAUAAAUCAGGUGGGAAAAGAAAUUCAUACAUCUAAUGCUCAAAUAAGGUUUUUUUCAACAAUAUGGAUCUAGAGGUAGGGUUUCGCAAUUCUGAAGAGCUUGAAAUGGUUUCGGGCAUCGGGGAGGAUUCUAUGUUACGCCCAUCCGGUUUUUUCCUUCAUUUUUUUUCUUUUCUUUUCAAUUUUUUUUUUUUUUUGGAUGUUGCAUCAAAAUUUUAAAUCCAAAUUAUAUAUUCAAAUGUGAAAUUUUUUUGUUUGCCAUGACAUAGGUCUAGCACUUGUAAGAACAUCUUCGGUAUAAGAAUCCAAGAUGGUUGGAAAUGUUCUUUAAAGUUGAAAAAAAUUAUUGCAACUUUUAUUUAUUGCUACAUUUAUUUGUUA